AUGUGGACUCUCUUGUUCCUUUGUGGUGUGCUCAUCACACAUCAGGUGCAAGGAUGUGGUGGUUACCUGUAUGGCAGCAGUGGCAGUUUUUACAGCCCCAACUAUCCAAACCCGUACCCAGACAAUUCUGACUGUACAUGGUACAUCAGACCAGGCAGUCAGAUUAUUCAGCUGGAGCUGUCGGAUGUAAACACUGAGUGUGGAUAUGAUUAUGUUUACGUCUAUGAUGGCUCCAGUACUGGAAGCCGGCUUCUGGGAAAGACAUGUAACAACACCAAAAACAACACUUUCUAUUCCACCGGUUAUUAUUUGACUGUGCGCUUCAGGAGUGAUGGCAGUGUAAGAAACACAGGAUUUCAUGCUUCUUACAGAGUUGUGUCUGGAGGUUCCUGCAUUCACAACUGUGGUUACCAAGUUGGUAAUUGCUCUUGCUCUUCGAGCUGUGUAUACAGAGGGGACUGUUGUUAUGACUACGAAGAUCACUGCACGUCCACAACAGUAACAGAUAUACCAGAAACAGCAGCAACAACAGAUCUGUACUCAUGUCUUUACAACUGUGGCUCACACCUGGGAAGCUGUUCCUGUACUAGCUCUUGUGAAUACUACGGCAACUGUUGUCAUGACUACUACUCUUACUGCCCAAGCACAGGAGAUCCAGUCACAGAUCAGCCAUCAUGUCGUUACAACUGUGGCACGCACCUGGGAAGCUGUUCAUGCAGAAGCUCUUGUCAAUACAAUGGUGACUGUUGCUAUGACUACUAUGAUUACUGCUCAUCAACCACUACGUGGCCUGACGUUACAGCUCAGCCUUCGUGUCGAUACAACUGUGGCUGGAGCAUGGGAAGCUGCUCCUGCUCAAGCUCUUGUGAAUACUAUGGAAAUUGCUGCAAUGACUACUACUAUCACUGCCAGUCUCCUGACUUUACCACAGCUCAACCCUCAUGUCGAUACAACUGUGGCAGUUACAUGGGAAGCUGUUCCUGCUCAAGCUCAUGUGAAUACUAUGGAAACUGUUGUUAUGACUACCACUCCUACUGCUUAGUCUCAACUAGGGAGCCAACAGGGUCAUGUGGAGGCAAUCUGUUUGGCUCUGGCACCUUCUCUAGCCCUAACUAUCCCAGCUACUAUCAUGACAAUGCCUACUGCAUGUGGCAACUAAGAGCUGCAUACGACCAAAGAAUCUUCCUGCAAUUUACAUUCCUACAGCUGGAAAACUGCUGUUCCUGCGACUACAUUGAAAUCUAUGAUGGGCCGUAUGUUUAUUCACCAUUUUUGGGCAAAGUCUGCAACAACAGUCUGAGCACUUUCUUCUCCACUUCCAACUAUAUGACUGUGGUCUUCCGGACUGACGGUUCUAUGGUUGGUCGAGGUUUCAACGCCGAGUUCACGAGCUCUUUGACACCAAGCUCAGGUCGAGUGGACUGCUCCUCAGACAACAUGAACAUCGUGAUUGAGAAGUCUUACUUGAACAGUUUGGGUUAUGAUGGUCACAGCCUGUACCUGAAUGACCCACACUGCAGACCCCAGAUUUCCUAUUACAAUGUGGUCUUCAGUUUUCCUCUCAACACUUGUGGCAACACAAGAGAGUUUGAGAAUGGCAAAAUUGUGUACACAAACAGUCUUCGUGCCUACAACUCCAACUACGGCGAGAUCACACGCCAGUCUAACUUUAAGCUAAACGUCAACUGCCGAAUGGAGCAAGACUCGGUAUCUCAGAUUUUAUACGAGGUCCGUGAACUAGAGAACACCACCAUAACGGGCACAGGCAGAUACAAUACCAGCAUGGUUUUCUACCAAUCCAGCAGCUUCUACUAUCAGGUGACUCAAUUUCCAUAUGAGGUAACACUAAACCAGAACUUGUAUAUUGAAAUCGAUAUGCGGAGAGGUGACAGCAGUCUGGUCCUCUUCAUUGACACCUGUGUAGCAUCACCAUCAGCCUUUGAUUUCCAGUCAAGACCCUACUACUUGGUUCGCAAUGGUUGUCCAAUAGAUAACACCUACUAUGCCUACACUACUGGCACCAGCCCGUUUGCUCGUUUCACAUUUAAGGCCUUCCAGUUCUUGCGGGCCACAGAAAACGUGUACCUCCAGUGCAAGGUCCUAAUAUGUCCAGCCUCCGACUACAACUCCCGCUGCCGCCGCGGAUGCACCAAGCGAGUGGCCAGAGACGUGGGGUCUGAACAUGAGAGUGAAACUCUGGUUGUGGGUCCCAUUCACCUCUUAGACCCUGAGAAAAAGGAAGAUGCGACUGAUGAGCAGAAAGAAACUUAAAUCUUCAAUACUUCUCUCCCUCUUCUUCACGCCUUCACUCUAACACUGAAUGUUAUCCACCCUUUCUUUUUUUCCCUUUUCUUGCAUUACAUGAAUAAAGGCAUCAUCAAAAGA